CGUAAAAGAACUUAAACUUCAUUUCCAGCUGCAAUCACACUCCAGCUCUGGGCCUGAAACCACCCAGGGGUCUGAGUUUCGUACCUGUCCCAGCCCAAGGGGAUGAGCCAUCCAAGGGGAGACAGUACUAGAGAUUCUACUCGUCUGGGAACCUGCGACUAGCCCUGAACCAGACAGAACUCCCCCGACUCAAGGAGCUCACCGGAGCCCACCUGCCGCCGCGGCGGCCACGUGGCGCCUAGGCCACACCCCCACACAAUUGACUCUCCGAUUGGACAGUUUGUGGAGGUGUGGCCGGAAGAGGCGAGUCUGACUAGCAGGGGCGUGGUCGAAGGUUUGUGGAGGAACAUGGCGGAGCCCACGAGGAAGAGGCCUUGUGGCCCGGGUGAACAUGGUCAACGAAUUGAGUGGCGAAAAUGGAAGCAACAGAAGAAAGAAGAGAAAAAGAAGUGGAAGGAUCUUAAGUUGACAAAAAAACUGGAGCGGCAGCGGGCACAAAUGGAACAGGCGAAGCGCCAGGAGGAGGAGGAGGCAGCUACACAGAGGGAUGACCAUGGGCGGCCUUACACCCUGAGUGUGGCCCUGCCGGGCUCCAUCCUGGAUAAUGCCCAAUCGCCUGAGCUUCGCACCUACCUGGCUGGCCAGAUUGCCAGAGCCUGUGCCAUCUUCUGUGUGGAUGAGAUUGUGGUAUUUGAUGAAGAGGGCCAGGAUGCCAAGACUGUGGAGGGGGAAUUCACGGGAGUUGGCAAGAAGGGCCAGGCAUGUGUACAGCUGGCCCGGAUCCUGCAGUACCUGGAGUGUCCACAGUACCUGAGAAAGGCAUUCUUCCCCAAGCACCAGGAUCUACAGUUUGCAGGGCUCUUGAACCCCCUCGACAGCCCUCACCACAUGCGUCAAGAUGAGGAGUCUGAGUUCCGGGAGGGCAUCGUGGUGGACAGACCCACCCGGCCGGGCCAUGGCUCCUUUGUCAACUGUGGCAUGAAGAAGGAGGUGAAGAUUGACAAGAACCUGGAGCCUGGACUUCGGGUGACUGUGCGACUCAACCAGAAACAGCUUCCAGAAUGCAAGACCUACCGUGGCAAGGUGGUGUCAUCACAGGACCCUCGCACCAAAGCUGGUCUCUACUGGGGCUACACCGUCCGGCUGGCCUCCUGCCUCAGUGCUGUAUUUGCUGAGGCCCCUUUCCAAGAUGGCUAUGACCUGACCAUUGGGACAUCAGAGAGAGGCUCUGAUGUGGCCUCUGCCCAGAUUCCCAGCUUCAGGCAUGGGCUCGUGGUAUUUGGGGGCCUCCAGGGGCUGGAAGCUGGAGUGGAUGCUGACCCCAACCUAGAGGUGGCUGAACCCAGUGUCCUCUUCGACCUAUAUGUCAACACCUGCCCUGGCCAGGGCAGCCGCACCAUCCGCACAGAGGAAGCCAUCCUCAUCUCCCUGGCUGCCCUGCAGCCUGGCCUCACCCAGGCAGGUGCCCAACCCACCUGACAGUUAGUUGGGUCUGAACUAAAAGCAGCAGUGAAGCAGCAAUGAAAGCAGGAGUUCCUGUGGAUCACCAAGGAUGGAUACACCAAGACUUGUCACCAAAAAUAACCACUUUUAAUACAAUCCCAGCCCCACAUGCCACAGUCUCACUGGGCUGCCACCGUCACUUGCUGCCACCAGUGAUGGCCUUGAGGCUGCCUGCCCGCGCCAGGAUAUUUGGCACAAAGAGCAGCCCAGAGGCCCGCUCAAUGCUCUCAAUGGGCACCAGGAAGCGUUCCAGUGGGAUGGUCUCAUCCACAGGCGCAUUGGGCAUAACAUAGGAGCGGAGUUCGAUCUGCCCACCCAUUGCCUCCAGGAUGAGCACCUUGAAGAAGUGCGUGGGCACUGCCACGUUGUUCUUGCCAAUCACCUGGUACUUCACAUAGGAUUUCCCAUCAGCCUCCGUCCUGUGGGCAGACCCAAGCACACAUGGGGAGAGAGGAGCCAGGUUGAACCCAAGGCUACCUCCUCCAGGAAGUCCUCCCUGAUCUGACCUUAGGCUUCUGUCAGCCAGCAGGCCUGCUCCCUCACUGUGAGGUUCUGUGUCCUCCCUGGCUCCUUGCAGCUGGGAGUUCUUUUUGGGGUGAAGCCUCUUUCCCCUGGUUUUUCUCAUGCCCACCAAUGGGUCAGGCAGGAUGGAUAACAAUAAAUAUUGCUGAAAUAA